UGCAGUCGGCCUCCUCCCAACAAUGGGACUUUCUUCGGACACUGAGCAAAAGGUUUCACUUUCUACCUAGUUAAACUUCAGGAGGCUCUGGCAGUUUUUCUAUCGCGUUUGUCUGCCACUUAUCACCUGCGACCGACCGCACCAGCCCUGCUUCAUUAUUUUCUAAAGCAUCAGCAGCAGCACCAUGGCAAAGAGACACAGCGAGGAGCAGCAAGACCGCCUGAGUUCGCUCUUUCACGCCUAUGAUGUGGAUAAGUCGGGGAGGAUUGAGAAGAACGAGUUCUCUGCCAUUUGUCGGGAGCUCCAAGUCCCGUCCAGAGAAGAAGAACGGAUUUUCAACCGCCUGGACGUCGACAAAGACGGCACAGUGACACUAGAGGAGUUCCUCAGCGGCUUCAGGGAGCAGCAGGAGAGCGAAGAAGACUCAGAAGGAGACAAGGACUCCUUGACUUUGGAUGAAUUCUCCAUCAGCAAAGAUAAGAGCGUUUCAAGCCAGCCACAUCCCCCCAAGGGCAUGAGCGUAAAGGAGCAGGACCGGCUGCGCUCCCUCUUUCGCGCGUACGACGUGGACAACUCCGGGCGCAUCGAGAGGAACGAGUUUCUCACCAUCUGCGCGGAGCUGCAGGUUUCUGCGGCCGAGGCGGACCGGAUAUUUGGCCGGCUUGACGUCGACAACGACGGCACCGUCACCCUGCAGGAGUUCAUCAGCGGAUUUCACGACCGCUACGCAAAGGACAUGGAUAUGGAGGAAGGGGACGUGUCCGCCGCCUGGGAGCGCUUCGAGAGCAGGCUGGGCGAGCAGGCCAAAUUCAUACCCAGGCAUGAACAAGCUGCAAUCCUGUACCAGAACAUCAGUCUGACUGAGCCCAGACUCAUUCCUCACUUCGAGAAAGUCAUCAUUAACUUCACCAAAGAGAUCAAACAGCAGAACUCAGAGAUGGAGAACCUGGCGCUCGCCAUCAAACGAGCCCAGGACCAAGCAUCAAUGCAGCUCAGUGAGAUGGAGGAGGAGAUGGACCAACGUAUUCAUGCGGCGGAGAGAAAAACACGGGAACAGGAGAAGAAGCGAACAGAGGCCGUGCUGAGCGACCUGCGGAGAAAUUACGAAGCCGAAGUGUGCGAGCUGCAGUGUAAGAUCCAGAGGAUGCAGAUGAUAGAAGAGAAGUACAAAAACAUCACGGUGAAAGACGAGAGCCCGACGCUGAAGAAGAGGAUCAAUGAGCUGACGCUGGAGAACCAGCGGUUAAAACAGGAGCUGCUGAAGUCUCAGACCAAAGUGGCUUGUCUGCAGAGCGAGAUGGACUCACUGAAGACCGAGCUGACCGAUCAAAGCAUCAACUCUGAGCGAGACGAGGAGCUCAUGAAACACUUCUCUGAUGAGCGAGACAUCCUCGAGAGUCAGAUAGAGAUCCUGCAGACAGCCAAUCGAAAGCUCCAUGACAGUAACGACGGUCUGAGGGCCACUCUGGAGAAAAUCUCAAGGUCUGGUAACGAUGGGACACCAGGACAAACUAAGGACAGAAACAGAAGUAAAAGCAUCUGUCACACAUCACCGUACGCACUAAUGGACAGGUUCUGCCAGCGUAUGGACGAGUACCCUCUGUACAGCCGCCGGCCCAGCUGUGACACCCUGGCCUUGGCCAUGUGCGACCCGGGCCUGAGGCGACGGCACAGCAGCGAGUGCGAGGAGGACAGCCUGCCUGAGAUCUACGUCGACAGCGGCCUGUCGACGCUCAGGGGCUCGCACGGAGGAUACGACUCAGAGCACGAGGUCAAAGAAGAGGACGAGGAGGAGGAAGAGGAGGAGGAGGAGGUGGAGGAGGAGAGGGAGGAGAAGAAGAAAGAGGACGAGGACAACAAUGACAGCAUGAUGGGAGAGAACUCUGACACUGAGCCGGCAGAGACGCAGGACGGCGAAUCAGCCUUCGGGUCAGACAGCAGCUCAGUUUUGGACUGGAAGCCGUCUGAAUCAAUUGACACCAGCACGCCGCCGGCCCCGACCAUGAAAAGAGCCCUCAGUGCCAUCAGUGUUCAGAAAGAGGACAACGUUGACCUGGGCUACAUGACAUCAGAGAAGGCCUACAGGAUCGUGUUAGCCGGAGACGCUGCUGUGGGGAAGUCCAGCUUCCUGCUCCGUCUCUGCAAGAAUGAGUUCAAAUUUAACUCCGGCACCACUCUGGGGGUGGAUUUCCAGAUGAAGACACUGAUUGUUGAUGGAGAGCCUGUUGUACUGCAACUGUGGGACACUGCAGGACAGGAGAGGUUUCGCAGCAUUGCAAAGUCUUAUUUCCGACGGGCGGACGGUGUGUUGCUGCUGUACGACGUCACCUGUGAGAAGAGCUUCCUCAACGUCAGAGACUGGGUGGAUAUGAUUGAGGACGUGUCCCGUGAAGAUAUUCCCAUCAUGCUCGUGGGUAAUAAGUGUGAUCUCAGAAGAGAUGUAACUAGCUGUGUUCCUACCAGCUACGGGGAGAAACUGGCCAUGACCUACAACACUCUAUUCUGCGAGACUAGUGCCAAAGAUGGCUCCAACAUCCUGGAGGCUGUGCUGCACCUGGCCAGGCAGGUGACAAAGCAGGCCGCCGUUGACGAUAAAAGUCGCUACCAGUCGCUGCCCAGUUUAGACGCCCCCAGGAAGAAACCAAACUUCUCCUGCUGCACCUGAUCAAACUCAUUGAAGCUGGACCCGCACGCCUGGAGCUGUGUGAGCCUGGACCAAUGAAAACCAAUGCAGGAACCUGGCAAACAGCAACAGGAACAAAUCACCAUCGUGAAUAACCGAGAGAAUUUUAAACGUGGACUGAGUGGACAAGAGACAUGAGAUUGCAGCAGAGUAUCCACUACUUCAUUUCUUUUUCUAUCCGAGGAGGUUUAAAUACAAUGGUGUGAUUUCAGCCUCUGUUGAAAAUGUUUAAAUCCAUGAAAGUUAUGUUAACUUUUUAUUAUGCUUAUCUCAAAUAUAUUUGACGUGAUUUGCGACGUGUUGUGAGGAUAACGCAGGUGAGUCGAGAAAAGGGAGCUGUGAAAGUGAAAUAAGAGGAUGUGACAGAAACAGGAAGUACGGUCAACGUAUGGUUACAAUGAGAAAAUAAGAGAAACGGGAAGAUUUUUAUCUAGUUCUGCUAUAAACUGUGGCACUUACUGUAUAUAGUUACUUCAGAUAUCAUUAGAUCAUGUUAGACAUAUUUAAAAUGGGACAGCUUAUAUCAGUCCGUCUUGCUCACUCACAACGAACCCUGGUGCAACGUCACAACUUCUGUCUUUAUUAAAAUACCACAACAGUGUUACAUUUCUUGUCCUCCCGCUGAGGACGACCUGGUGUUAUAGAAUAGUUAAAAUUAGUUAUGCAUGAAAGCGAGGAAUCAGGGAGCAGAGUCCCUUUUUCUCUCUCUUAAAUGCACGGCUGUAAUUCUGUUUAAACUAAUGUGAUGUCUGCAAACCGAUGCUGUAAAGUAUGUUUUAUUAAUAUUUAUCUCUGUAAUAAUAACUGUGCUCACUGAAGUGGGUGUGCUUCAAAUAAAAGGCUCAAACCACGUCUGAAACCCUACAUUUAUCUCAAGAGUGUAAGGGUUGUUCUUUUCAAAGCAAAUGUAGACAUUUUUCUUUUCAUUACAUACACAGUGAUAAUUGUGUUGCACAUAUGGGACCACAAAUGUCGUGAUCUGAAAGAACGAUCUCUCAUCCCCUCGUAGAACGUGUAUCAAAACUUCUUUAAGAUGUUUUCAGAUGCUGCGUGCUUUGUGGAAACAAGUUUGUUUGAAACGUAGCGUCUCAGUCAAGAACUAUUAUAGUUAAAUGUAUUUGCUGAUGUCGUACAAAGUGCAACUUAAAUGUGUAUCUGUGUUUCAAGUUUCUUUCUCAAUAAAACAAUUUAAAAUGC